GGCUCCCCCAAGCCAACCACAGGCACCCGCGUGUCGCUGGCCUGUCUGCCCUGUCGAACUCGCCACGUCCGCUGUGACGCGAAGAAGCCGCGCUGCAACCGCUGCUGCGAGGAGGACAAGGAGUGCAGCUACGCAAAGUCGCGGCGAGGCGGCCUGGACAGAGCCGCGCUGGCCGCCCGCAGGAAUCAAGCUGCUGCACUGGCCGCUGCGAAGAACAACGGCAGUAGCAGCAGCAGCAACGCCAACAGCAGCGGCGGCGGCCAGCUCUCGCCCGCCCGGAGCAACGACGGCAACGGGAGCAGCAACACCAUGUGCGGGCUGACCUCCGGCUUCCCCCCGGCGCAUCGCCCGCCGCCGCCGCAGCCGGCCAUUGACCCGAGCCUGUACACGCCGCCGGACGAUGCCUGGUCGGUGUGCAGCGCCAUCAUGCCGUCGUCGAAUCUGCAGUCCGUGGACAUCUCCAGUGACGCCUUCAUCGACGUCUACUACAACUGCUUCCACCGCUACCACCCCUGCGCGCCGCCUCGCCGGUUCCUGGAGCGCUACCUGCAGGAUCCUAUCCGGCAGGACGAGCUGCGGCCGCUCGUCUGCGUGAUGCGCUUCGUCGGCAGCAUCUACCUGAGCAGCCACCAGCAUUCCCUGCGGCCAAAGUGCCACGAGCUGGAGGAGCUUGCCGCCUCCGCCAUCGCCCGGGCGCCCUCAACCUCGACGGCGCUCAACUUCUUCAUGGUGCCGUGCCACACCAUCUUCUCGGCCUGCAUGUACUGGCGCGGCAACACGGCCAGGUCGCGGCGCCACAUGGACACGGCCAUCCAGCUCGCGCUCGACUAUGGCAUGCACCGGUCCGAGUUUGCCGUCGAUCACGGAGACGGGGAUCCGGUGCUGGAGGAGUGCUGGCGGCGCGUGUGGUGGCAGGUGUUCAUCAUCGAUGCGUACUACGCUGCCAUCAGGCGGAAUGCCGACUUUCCUACGUAUCACGUUGAUGCGACGACGGAUCUUCCAUGUGAGGAGGACGAGUAUGAGCGAGGGGAAAUUCCUCGUCCCAAGACACUAGACGAGUUCAACUCGCGCGAGUUCAGCCCCGAAGACACAGUCUUCUCGUCCUUUGCCUACUUGAUAGGUGGCGUCCGUGGCAUGGCAUCAGCCAUGGCUAGAGUUCUCGCCUUGCCGGCCAAUGCCUCUGACUCAGGAGGACCCUCGCCCAGGGUGCUCGAGUCCGUCGACUCCAUCAUCGAGGGGUGGCUGCUCCUUUUGCCAGAGUCAAAACGGGACAUUUUCUCUGCCGAUGGCUCGGUCGAUGAACUGAUAUUCCAAGCCAUGAUGGCUCUUCACGCCACAACGGUUGGCCUGCACCGGCCCUUCUCCAACUGCUCCUUCGACGCCCUGGAAUGCAUCUCCAGCUGCUCCCAUCCCCCGCCCACAGGCGCCCACCCCGACGCGAACGCCGAGUUCCGCCUCGUCCACACCGUCAAGUGCAUCCGCGCCGCCGAGGCCCAGAUCGGCCUCCUCGCCCUGCCCACCAAGCCCUGCAGCCACACGCCGUUCGUCGUCUGCAUGCUCACCACCGGCACGCUCUCCCUGCUCGCCGCCUGCCGGUACACGCUGCGCGGCCAGGAGCUCGCCGUCGCGCGCGACCAGAUCCGCAUGAGCAUCGGCUGCCACAAGGCCAUGGCCGCCGUCUGGUCCCAGGCCGGGAGCAACCUGCACGAGGUCCAGGCCAUUGCGCGGGAGGUCCUGGGCUUGCCUAUGGGGAGC